AUGUCAACAACAUCAUCAAUACCAAUUGAAUCUCUUCAAUUAAUUUAUACAGUUCAACAUCCAUGUAAUGUUGUUAAUUGUGAUCGUGCUAUUGAAACACUUGGUGGACGACCACGUCUUGUUGAUGUAUUUACACAUUCAACAACAUCACAAUUAACAUGUUCAUUUACACCAUCAAAUAUUUAUGAACGACCACUUCGUGCUGAUCGUCAUAAAUCUACUGGACUUCUUAUUCGUUUACGUCGAAAUAAACAUACGAAAAUUAUUAAAUCUAUACAUGUUAUUGGUAUUCUUGAUACAUCUUAUUCAUUUGAAUCACUUGCUGAUUUUCAAUAUUUACCAAUGAUUAAAAAAAAUAAUCAAUAUGAAUCAUUUUUAAAUCGUCUUGCAUUAAAUCGACAAUGUUUAGAUAAAGAAAAUUUAGAACGAUCAUGUCCAUUAAUGUGUAUUCCAGCUAUAUUUUCACGUUUUUUUGAUCCAACUGAUUAUGCUUUUCGACCAGAACCAAAAGCAAGACCAAAACGAACAGCAACAACAAUUACACGUUCAAAACAAGCUAUUAAUAGUAAUAAAUUAACAAAAAGAAAUGUUCGUUCAUCAUCAGCACAUCAUAUUGGAUUUGAAACUACGACAGUACCAACAGGUCCAAAAUCUUCAAAUGAUCUUUAUACAAAUGUUGAUCAAUCAAUAAUAACACAAUUACGUCGUUUAUUUGAACAACGUCCAGUAUGGACACGAAAUAGUUUAUUAUAUCAUCUUAAAAUAACUGAAGUUAUUUUAAAACGUAUUAUUCAUCAUGUAGCAUAUUUUUUUUGUAAUGGUCCAUGGAAUCGUUGUUGGCUUAAAUAUGGUUAUGAUCCACGUUCGGAUACAAAAUCAAAAAUUUAUCAAAUUGUUGAUUAUCGUGUACGUGCUAUUCUUGAUCCAGAAAAAAAUCUUGUCAAAUCAAGAACAUCAAGAGCUUAUCAUCGAUCAUCAUUAAUUCCUGGACAAAUCUCUACAACAGCAACUUCAAUAUCAGCAUCAAAUACUAAAAAUUAUGCAGAAGAAAUGUACAUGUUUAAAACAACAAGUUUACCAUUAGCACGUUCAAUUCAUUAUCAAUUGAUUGAUAUACAACUUGAUGAAGUACAACAAAUGGUUCAUUCAAAUGACGGUCAAGAAGUUGAAUGUACUGAAGCUGAUGGUUGGUGUGUUACUGAUUAUCAAAAUCGUGCUCGAGAAAUGAUGUCAGCUGCUCAUGAACAACUUUAUCGACAAUAUCAACGUGAACGAGAACAAAAUGUAACAGCAGAUGAUGAUGAUGGAAGUCAACAGUUAGAAGAAGAUGAGGACCAUGAUGAUGAAGAAGGAGAAGAUGAUGAUGAUCAAAAUGAAGAAAGUAAUGAAGAAGAUGAUGAUGAUGAUGACGAUGACGACGAUGAAGAUUUGGAAGAGGACUCUCAUGAUGAAACGUAA